AUGUUAACUUCGAUGGUAGUAGAGGACAUCAACGGAGAUGGCUUCAAUGAUAUUAUUACUGCGAAUUCUACUGACAACAGUAUAAUAAUUUUGCUCAACUCUGGUGAUGGUACAUCGUAUCGCCAAACAGUUUAUUCAAGUACCAAUGGAGUAGGAUUUCUCGUAGCAGCAGAUAUCAAUAAUGAUAAGAAAGUCGAUUUUAUUGUUGGAAAUCAGUUUAGAAAUAAUAUCGGGCUCUUUUUUAAUAAUGGUGAUGAUACAUUUAAGACUGAAACGAUUAGAACCGGUGCUCCAGCACAAGACGUAGUAGUAACUGAUAUCAAUGAAGAUGGCCGUAAUGAUAUUAUUGUUGUGUAUUCCACUAACAAAGUAGGUGUUUUUUCUAAUAACGGUAAUGGAACAUUUACUACUAUUGAAGAUGUGGAUUUAACUGAAUCAAGAGCAGUUCGUGUAAGGGCAGUCGAUAUGGAUAAGGAUUCUAAAUCCGAUAUUAUUGUUGCUCAUCGUUCAGGAGAUAUCAGCAUACUUUUCAACAAUGGUGAUAAUACAUUCACCAAUAAAAUGAUCUUUUCAAGAAACUCUGUUCAACCACAUUCUUUUAAAAUUGCCGAUAUGAAUAAUGAUGGCCUUAUUGAUAUAAUCUUUGCAGAUUAUUCGGAACAUUAUCAAAUAAUAUUUAAUAGUGGCAAUCGUACAUUUGCUGAUACAAUCAAUUAUAAUAUUCCUUAUAAACAAAACUCUUUAGAAGUAGUCGAUAUGAAUAAUGAUGGUACACAAGAUAUUGUUUUUACACACUCUGAAGCGAAAUCAAUAGGUGUUGCAUUUAAUGCAGGCAAUGGAAGUUUGACAUAUCAAUUAGAUACAAUUGGUGUGUCAUCAAUCGACACUUCUGUAAUGACCUAUGCAACAGCAGCUGAUAUGAAUGGAGAUAAGAAAAUAGAAUUUAUUCUUCUCGGUGAACAAUAUAUUGUAAUGUUUUCAGAAACUUGCUAA